AUGCUCCACCUCACGCGCUUCAAGCAGACGGGUCUGCUGACACCGGUGUUACGCCGCUCGAUGGCUUCGUCUUCGACCCGCAUCGCGCAGUUUCCGUUCCUAAGCGAGUUGGGCCUCAAGGACGAGAAUCACGGGGUAUACAACGGCCAGUGGUUCGGUAGCGGGGACGUGUAUACUUCAGUCAGUCCCGCGAACGGCCAAGCCAUCGCCAGCGUCCGUGCCGGCACGACUGCAGACUACCAGAAGGUCGUGGCUGCCAUGGACGAAGCCAAACCCCAGUGGUGCGACCUGCCGGCACCUGCGCGCGGAGAGAUCGUGCGUCAGAUUGGCGAGGAGCUACGGAACAAGCGCGAGGCGCUGGGCAAGCUCAUCUCCCUGGAAAUGGGCAAAAUCUAUGCAGAAGGCGUCGGAGAAGUGCAAGAAGCUAUCGACAUUUGUGACUUUGCUGUGGGACUCAGUCGUACCCUCAAUGGAUCUGUCAUUCCAUCAGAGCGUCCGGGCCACUUUAUGAUGGAACGGUACAAUCCACUGAAGGGCCACGUCGGUAUUGUCACGGCCUUUAACUUUCCCUGUGCAGUGCUCUUCUGGAACGCUGCACUGAGUCUUGUGUGUGGCAACACGCAGAUCUGGAAGCCGUCCGAGUCGCUGUCGCUGACAUCUGUAGCGUGUACGAAGAUCAUUGCGGACGUGCUGGAGCGCAACGGCCACGCAGGUGCGAUUGCCUCGUUGAUAUGUGGCAGCGGUUCCGAAGUGGGUGAAGCGAUGCUGCAUGACAAGAACAUGGAGCUCAUCUCGUUCACGGGAUCCACGAAAGUAGGCCGUCACGUGAACAAAGUCGUGUCGUCUCGCUUUGGCAAGACCAUUCUUGAACUCGGUGGCAACAACGCAAUGAUUGUGGACAAGGACGCUGACUUGGAGAUGGCACUGCGUGCAACGCUGUUCUCUGCGGUGGGAACGGCUGGCCAGCGCUGUACAUCGCUCCGUCGUCUCUAUCUCCACGAAGAUAUUCACGACGAUUUCCUUCAGCGUCUCGUGUCUGCAUACAAAAAUGUCAAAAUUGGCGACCCGUUGGAAGACGGCGUUCUCUGCGGUCCACUGCAUAACACUGAGGCUGUGGAGAACUAUCUGAAUGGCAUUGAUUCGAUCAAGAAGCAGGGAGGCAAGAUUCUCACUGGUGCGAAGAAGGUCGAUGGUCACGGAAACUUUGUGGAGCCGACGAUCGUUUCGAUUGCUCAUGAUGCUGAGAUCGUCCAGACGGAAAUAUUUGCGCCGAUUCUGUACGCUCUGAAAUUCAAGACGCUGGAAGAGGCAAUCGAGAAGAAUAAUGCUGUUCCGCAAGGCCUGUCUUCUUCGAUCUUCACGAAGAACCAGUCGGCGAUUUUCAAGUGGACGGGUCCACUGGGAUCCGACUGUGGCAUCGUAAACGUCAAUAUCGGACCCAGCGGUGCCGAGAUCGGCGGGGCCUUUGGCGGCGAAAAGGAAACUGGUGGUGGUCGCGAGUCCGGCAGUGACGCCUGGAAGCAGUACAUGCGUCGGUCGACGUGCACCAUCAACUAUAGCAAGGAGCUUCCGCUUGCCCAGGGAAUCGACUUCAGCUAG